GAGACUUCAAGGCGGAGACUUCAAAGCGACUGAUGCUGUGACCUCAUAGAACACACAUCAUAACGCAGCACUCUGAAACGCAUAUAGGCAGGUGUUAGUAGCAGGCACUAUCAUUCAGUCCAGUCAAUGCACCGGAACCAGACACACGAGUUGCGAUACUUGCUGGCAGGUCGCCCAGAUGACUGCACCGUCCAGCUAAUGUGCAACAUAGCCGCUCAGAUGGUGAAGCUCUGCGCGAACUCUGUCAAAACCCCACUGGUGCAAUAUAAAAUCCCACAAGAACGAUGCAUCGACAGCCUCUUCAGCCAACUGGAGGUGCGCAUCGGCUGUCUUGCUUCCGCUGUCUUCAUAGAAUGGGAUCAGAGAGCUGAAGAAGGCUUUAUAAAAGAUCUUUUCCGGGUGUCGUGUGGGAGAUUCGCCCACUGCACGUCCUGCACCCAGCAGGAAAUUCAGGCACAGGAAAUUCAGACAGACAAUUGUUCUGUCCCACAGACAGAACAACCAGACAAAGAUCUGGAGUCCUCGCUGUCUGUGGAACUGUCAAAAAUGCCAAAACUAGAAGAAGCCUCAGAGGUAGAAACAGAGCCUGAAGAAGCAGCCGUGGCCUCUGAGGAGCAGAAACCCUCUGCGUCACCUCGAGCUAAGCACAGUAAAAUGUACUCAGACAACAUCAACGCAGCCACUGUGGGCCCAGAUGACUGCACCGUCCAGCUGCUGGGCAACAUGGCCGCUCAGAUGGUGUUUGGCCACGGGAAAGCUAACGGGGAACCUACGUGGGCCCUGCUGCUGACAGCUCUGAUAGCUGAGCUGGGGAUUCUCAUCGCAUCUCUGGACAUGGUGGCUCCUGUUCUGACAAUGUAA